UGGCAACAGAGCAAGAAUGGCUGAUGAGGAAGAUGACCGACCCAUCUAUGCUGGCCUCCCGCCACCGGCGCCACAGAGCGAGGAUUCCGACGUCUAUCCGGCUGGCGCUCUUCGCACACUCGGGCAAGCACGGGCCGCGGUCGUCACGAAGCUUCGCUUUGUGAUCGACCGCUGGUGCCCAGACGAGGUGCGGAUCCCCAUCUGGGCACAUGUGCAGAAGCUGUGUCGACCGGGGAUGGAAGUGACGGACUUCCUGGGCGGGAUGUACCUCAUGAUCCUGUGAGCCGUGACACCACACACACGUAGAUCAUCCCGUCCUGUCCACACUGCUCUCUCUCGCCCCUAUUGUGUGUGUGUGCAGAGGGGGUGUGGUGCCUCGGCUGCCGGACGACGCGCCGUACAAGUGGAGCCCGGACAAGCACGCCUUCGUCGAAAAGGGCGUCACGGAGCGGCGGCUUCCACCGGCGAUGAAAGCCAGCAAGGUCCUUCCGGCCCAGGAAUGGCACACCCAUGCACUGGUAGGCUGCAUUAUGAUGCCAACGGCUACAUCGCUCGAUCUCAAGGCCCAUGUCCUGUGUGGCUGCAGGGCAAAUUGGAACCUCUGUUCGAGGAGGCCUGCGGGAAGAUGGCUCCUGAUGCUAGGGACCGAUGCAUGGCCGGGUGGCGGCUCAUGGCCGCAAGGCUCAGGGUCCCCGGUCUUCCCCCACUCGAUGAUCUCCUCAAGGAUGCGUGUGAGAGCGAGGUCGAGCUCCUGUGGCCCCGCACACCCGAAGGUUCGAUGUUCGUGCACUCUGAAGGCUGUACUCCAUUGUUGAUGUGUGUGCACAUCAGAGUGCACGCGUGCCCGUGGCCGUGUGGGAGUGCUAUGUGCAGUGGGUGCACUUGUCUUGGCCACCGGGCACCUUCCUGACGGCUUAGACAAGGACAAACUAUCGCCAUUGGUGCGGCUUACUGACUGACACUAACACACACAUUGAUGGAUGGAUGGAUGGACGGACUGACCGGGGUGUGUGUGUGUGUGUGUGUGUGUGUGGUAUGUCAGGUGCAUGAUUUUCUCUGGGGCCUUGUAUCUCUCCGUGAGAGCAGCGGCGGAAAGGAUGCAGAUGGUGACGUCAGGAUGACUGCCGAGGUAGGGAGGGGCACAGAGCAGAUGCACGUGCAAAUGCAUCAUCACCAUGCACACAUGCUGUGUGUACGUGCAGGCAAGCUCGGCCGUGGUGGAGCCUGACGAGGACGCCCCCCUCACCACUCGGCUCAACCGUACCUUAUCAGGUGUCGUCAAGAGCACAGACUGACUUGGUUGCCAGUGUUACAUCUGUGUGUGGGCAUGUUCCCUAACAGCUUUGACAGUGAUGGCCCAGCUUGCCGAGGUGGAUCAGGUCCACAACCGAUCUGUCGUCUACCGGUUGGAGAACACCAUCGCGCUCAGCGCCACAUCCCGUCGCGAUCUUCUGCGCAACAUCAAGACAGGUCGGUGUGCAUACGAACUGAGCCCAUCGCCGCAAACCUAUCCCCUCUCUCCGACAGGAAUGGCCAUGUUCACCGGCGCAACCAUGCGUCAGCUGGGGCUCCUCACUGAGUCCAGCGCCGUCUUCAUGUCGACACAGAUCGCCAUCAAGACGGAGGACGGGUCCGGACGCAUCUCUGUCCCGGCUUGUGGGAUGGAGGUUGCUGAUUCGAUGGCGACAGGCAAGCGGGACGAAAUGGCUGGGACACUCUCCCUGUGGUCGUAUUUCUGCUGCGUCUCUUUCAAUGCCUUGUCAGGCGAUGUGGGCCUCAUCUGCUGGGCCAAGCCGGACGACUGGGGCGGAGGUCGUGUUUUGACAGUGGCGACGGUCGAACAGGAGGGCGUGGCCCGGCAGGUUUACAAGAUGGACAUCUUCCACGCCGUGUUGGCAAGUAGGCACGACGCAGAGGGAAAGAAAGCAGACAUUUCAGCAUGUCUCCAUUUCGUCUGUUCUUGUCAGCAAAGGGCUAUCCGUCCGAUGCCGUCAUGAAGCUGUUCAUCCGCCUGUCCACAAUCACUCAUGUGGCGGUAGGCGACAUCAUAUGGCCACGCACUCGGGCAUUGUCAUCUUUUCAGGUGUUUCACUUCGGCGAUGGCGACGUCCAUGGUCUCGAGAUCGCACUCGCCAUAGCCGCCCGGCUGGAGAGGCAUAAGGUCGACGUGCAUUGGUGUGCUGUGACAUGCCUGCAGGUCGAAAUGUGGGCAGCGCAGGUGCGUCACAGGCUCACGUGCCUAGCCAGACAGCAUGUGUGUGUCGGUGCCCUUCUUGAUUGUCUUUUCGUCACCAGGCGAAGCUGGAACCCAAGGCGCUUAGCAAGAGCGACGAGAAGAAGGUGGAUGCCAUGCUGCGUGGGCCUACAGAGGGCCGCAAGAGUGCCGAGUAUGCGGCGUACGAGGAGAAGCACGAGACGAAGGUAAGCACACACCGAGCUACACAUGGCGCCCUCACACAUCCCACCUGCGGUGCAUGUCAGCUGUUCAAGAAGUGUGUCAAGGGCCAGCUGGAGACCAUCCUAAAGACGCAGCAACAGAUGAAGCUAGAUGUGAGUGGAUCGGAGAUGAACAUACAUGUGGGCACUGUUUCUCCUGCUCUGUAGAUGGUAUUUGACAAGGUGGACGAGGGGGUGUUGAAGAAGGCCUUUCAGCAGUUGAAGGACAAGAGGCUGGCUGAGGACGCCGCUGAGAACAAUGAGAGGAUGUAGGGGUGGUGUGAGACGGUCGUUUAGGUGUGACAUCAGACGUCUAUCUGCAUGAGAAUGAAAGACUCGUCAAGGGCUGGAAGGGCGACUGGCCAUCGCAGGUGCAGCGAUACUGCACCCACCUGACCAUCGACUGCCAAGACCCGCGCACAAGAGACCUG